AUGAAGCUACGACUCCAGCAGGUUCAGCAGGUUCAACAGGAUGAAAGCCGGUCCAAGGGCAACCUGGAGGGAGAAGGGGAUAGCCACAGGAGAGGGGGUCAACGUCCAAAAAGGCCGGUAGACUACUUACUUACCGUAAAGCAGGGAGAGAAGGAAACUUUGAGGUCAUAUGUCAAACGAUUCACCCGAGAGACUUUGGAGGUGGACGAAGCCGAUGACAAGGUGCAGCUGACGACCUUCAAAGCAGGGCUGAGGUCCAGAGAUCUUGUGGCCUCCCUCGCUAAGAAUCCACCAAAGACGAUGGCAGAAAUGCUCUUGAAGGCACAGAAGUACAUGAAUGCUGAAGACGCUUUAGCUGCCAUAAAGGAUACCGAGAAGCCAGGCGACAAGGCAAGGAGGGAAGACGAUCGCAGGGGGCAGAAGAGAGAUCGACCAGAUCGUUGGAACAACGACGGGAAUAGGAGGAAAGAUGAUAAAAAUCCUCGGACGGUAAGAUUUACUCCUCUGGUCAUGCUUGUUGACAAGAUUUUCACGCAGAUCAAGGACGAGCAUUAUCUCAAAUGGCCCAGACCAUUGCACUCAUCCCCUAAUGUCCGCGACAAGAACAAGUACUGCCGGUUCCACAAGGAUCACGGCUACAACACGGAAGAUUGCAGGGACCUGAAGGAACAGAUAGAGGAGUUAAUACGGAAAGGGAAGUUACAGAAAUAUGUGAAGAAAGGAGAAUAUAGCAAGUCCAGAAAUGACGAUAAAACCCAGCACGAAUCAUUCUCCCGGGGUGACGAUCGUUCGUCCCAUCCUCCAAACAAGGUGAUCGGCGAGAUCAACACAAUCACAGGAGGGCCGUUCUCAGGAGGGUCGUUUAAGUCACUCAAAAAGGCAUACCAGAGACAAGUUAACAGCGUCCACACCGUACCCCCGUCCAAGCACCGAUGA